AUCAAAAGAAGAACAUUUGAUGUAUAAUCUAAAUUUAUUGACUAAAUUCUUGGUAUCAAACAGUAUUUUCAGUUUCGGUUUUUUUGUCGGAGGUUAUACAUUAAUACGAUAGACAAUGGAUGGAAAACUCAACUUGAAGCAAAAAACUUCGAUUAUUAGAUUCAUUGGCAGUGGUGCUAAAGAUUUUCAUCUAUUGUAUAGCUUCACUCGUGACGGGGCUAAGGCUACAACAUUCCAUCAAAAGUGUGACAACAAAGGUCCAACUGUUACGGUCAUUUACAACACAAAGGAUUCUAUAUAUGGGGGAUACGUUGAGAAAAGUUGGACCUCAGACAGUACUGGAGCCUACGUAAAAGACGAUUUGGCAUUUUUGUUCCGCUUAGAGUCAAAUGGCAAAGUUGCUUUGAAUAAGUUCCCUGUAAAAGCAUCAGAUCAGGCCUUUUACUGCAUUGACACUCAUGGCCCAGUAUUUGGAUCAGGGCAUGAUUUAGAUGUAUUCAGCGACACCCUUACCGCUCAAGGAAAUCAGUUCAGUCUAAACGGAGUCAUGAAGAUGGGAACCACCUAUGACAUGGGUGGAGUUGCAGUCGACAAAGUAACGGAUAAUGUCAACACUGUAUUUGACGUUGAAGUGUACAGCUUAUCAGAGUCACCAUUGGUAAGUGUUUGGAGAGCAUCGACUGGCUGGGAAUCGGAGGAUUUGAUGUUACUGAAAAGAUACGCGGAAUCAUAUACGCCUCCACAUGGUCUUGACAUUGAAACGGCUAACAUAUUAGUAAUAGGACCAGUGGGCGCUGGUAAAUCAAGCUUUUUCAAUACUGUAGCGUCUGUAUUCCGUGGCCAUAUCUCAGACCAAGCUGUUUGUGGAAGUGCAGAGAAAAGUAUUACGUCAAAGUAUCGCAUGUAUCGUGUCAGAAGUUCUCAAAAGCAAAAGCCAUUGAAAUUUUGCCUCUGCGACACAAUGGGUUUAGAGGACAGCCAAGGAAUAGAUGCUCAAGAGCUGGGAAACGUAUUGGAUGGUCACGUUUCAGAUGGAUAUCAGUUUAAUCCAACAACACCAAUAUCUAAUGAAGGACAAGGCUUUGUCAAGUAUCCAACUCUCAAAGGAGCCUAUGGCAAUCGAUAUAAUAGUUUAACAUAUUGCAACAGACAUGUUACAUGUAAGACUGUACGUGUUAUGACGCUUAUGUUAUAAAAUUAUGAAAUUUUA